AUGCUGUGGAAGGAGGCGUUUCUGUCCACAGAGUCACCUGUUUACACUUUAAGGUUUGGAGAGAAAAACAAGCCAUAAACAGAGAAGGAAGUGCUCUUUCUUUUGGGCAACAGCUGUGUCAUUUUCUGUCAAGCUGCCAGGUCCUUCCAGGUAAGUCAUGUGAUUGACGUCGAAAAUGCCUACUGUUGCAACACUUUCAGCAAACCCAUUCCGUUAACAUUUACCUUCCUUGAACUUUUGCUUGGUAGGUGGAGAUUACCUGUUAGAUUUGCAUAAGCAGGAUGUACGUACACAUAAAUGUUUAGAUGAGAGAAAUCGUCGGAGCUUUACUGCCAGUUAGGGCGAAAGAUAAGGUGCUACUUGAGACUGAGACUGCUACUCUGCUAGGAUUUAUUACUAAUCUCUUGUGAACAGAAGAAAAUACUUGGAAUAAGGUAAGAUGUUUCAAUGUUCUUUUGUGCUACAGAAACCAGAAGUCUAGAAAUUGGAGCUGCGUUGCUUUUGAUAGUUUAGAUUUAAAGAUGCCUAGGGCCCAAUCCACAGCCCAGUGGAACUGAAAUGGUUAAAUUUAAAAAGAUUACUGUCCAAUUGAAGUUGCCCAUCAGCUUAAUCCAGAAACCUAUUUGAUUACCAGGUAUACAUUUCCAUCCUAUUAUCAUUAUUGGCAUCUUAAAUGCCAAUUAUAUUUUAUUACAUACAGUCUGGUGGCUGGCUUCCUGGGCUUUUAUACUAAACAAAGUGAUGGAAAAACUUGCUGGGAUCCCCAAUCUCUUUAAAAUUUGGCAAAUCAAUGAGAUGUGUGUUUCUGUUGAGAGAUGGUCAGGACGAAACACUGGAGGAAGUGGAUUUAACACUUUCCCCUGCAGCUAUUUGGAAAAACUAUAUAUCCACGUAAGCUCCCCUAAUGGAACAAAUACCUUGCGGGAAAGUAAGUAUUAUGGGGGAAGACUGGGCAUGGAUUUCCUUUGUCUCAAAAUUUGGCCCCUAGCUUGGGUAUGAAGGAUGUAAGCACCUUCCAACCUGUGUUUAGAUCUCAUUUGAUUGACAGAUCUUGUAUAUCCUUGUAUAUUUCCCUAAUUUGUUUUAAUGACAGAUAUGCUGCAUACUUUCUUCAUUUGAUUAUCUAGUUUAAUUUGGUUUGCAGCGUUCUCCCUGGUAUUCUGACCAUAGCUGUCAACUUUUCCCUUUUCUUGCGAGGAAUCCUAUUCGGAAUAAGGGAAUUUCCCUUAAAAAAAGGGAAACGUUGACAGCUAUGAUUCUGACCCUUCUUGAUUUUGUAACUGUGCUGGAUCAUGUCAUUUCUUUUCACACGUGACUGUUGUAUAUUUUACACCCGCCCCCCCCCGCCCCCCAAACCCACUACUCAACAUAGUGUUUUUUUAACAGUGCAGUCUUAGUGAACAGAAUAACAAAAUGUUUGAAAUGGCCGGAUUAAUGUUAGGGGGUUUCUUUCAGAAAUUAUUUUGUAUGUAGAAUAUCCAAGAAAUGAAACAAAAUGACACUGACAUGUAAAGCUUUUACUUUCAGUUCUUGCAUUAUUUCAGUAGCUGUUACAUUUGUGUUUCACUGGCAGUUUCCUAUUGGGGAGGGGUAGGUCUGAGUGUAAAGAAAAGUUGUUAUAAGGACAAAGUAAGUGAAGUGAGUGGAAAAGAGAGGACAUAUUUACCACCUCAGAAAUUAGAUAGGAGAAUGUCUUUAACUGCACAGUGCAGUGGUAUCUUGAGUUAAAGCUUAAUUCAUUCUGGAGGUCCAUUUUGAACCUGAAACUGUUCUUAACCUGAGGUACCACUUUAGCUAAUGGGGCCUCCUGCUGCCACCACACCACCGCCUCACGAUUUCUGUUAUCAUCCUGAGGUAAAAUUCUUAACCUGAGGUACUAUUUCUGCGUUAGCGGAGUCUGUAACCUGAAGCGUCUGUAACCCGAGGUACCACUGUAACUGCUUUAAAAAUGUUUUUAAUAGUAGCUACUUUUAUAUGUUUUUAAUUGCAAUUAGUUUUAGAAUAUUUUAACUGUUUUAGAAUGCUUUUGAUGUCUUUGUUAUUAAAUUGUGCAUCUGUUUGCUGCACUGGGCUCCUUGGGGAGGAAGGGUGUGGUAUUAAUAAUAAUAGUAAUAAUAAUUAAUCUGUCAUAAUAUGGAAUUCUAAGGCCUGGGGGCAUUUAUUUAUUUACUUACUUACUUACUUACUUAAGCAAUUUAUAUACCUCUUAGCCACAAUAGUCUCAAAGCAGUUUAGAAGGAAACGAUACAGAUUGUUUUUGCUUUCUUUGUGUUUAAAUUGUGCAUUUGUUUGCCACCCUGGGCUCCUUGUAGAGGAAAGAUGGGGUUUAAGUUCAAUUAUAAAUAAAUGAAUAAAUAACCUGUUACAAUAGCCUAUAUGGGAUCUGAAGGCCUGGAGACAUUUGUUUGUUUGUUUAUUUACUUAAACAAUUUACAUUGCUAUCUACAAUAGUCUCCAAGCAGUUCAGAAGGAUGCAACACAAAAAGUAAAAACCCUUGGAUGGUUCAAAUAGAGACUUAAUAUCGUUUUUUUUUAAUGAUAUGAACAGUUUUAGUAUCAUCAUUUAUUCAAUUUAUUUUAAGCUUCCUGCUGCAAACAGAAUCUUACGUAAACAAACAGAUCAUGACAAAAUAUCAAACAGAUACAAAUACUCUAAGGGCUGACAUUUAAGGCAGCAUACUUUACAGAAAUACAAGAUAUUAUUUUCUUGAACAUUAUAAAAGAAAAUAUUUGUGAAAGAUAGUUCUUGGAGCACCCCACAAUUGCCUAACCUUGACUCCCAUAGGUUCAGGUCAGGGGUCACAAGCGAGAGACUUCAGCCAGGUGAUAACAGGCAAAACAGCGGCCUGUAGGCCUGAUCUUUAUUGUUGCAACAAGACUUUCCACUACCACAAAGACGAAGCAGCCAGAAGCCCUGAUCAAUCGUUACAUCAGGUUUUUAAAAGUUUCCCAAAUCUUCCCAUAAUGCAUUUCCAGAAGCAUCUUCAAGAUAUCAUAGAUACGUCACAGAACAGGUGUGGUCUCAGGUAGAACCUGAGAUCCAGGCAUGCCCCUGUCAAUCAAAUACAGCAGGGGUCGGCAAGGUUUACCUUGCCUGGGCCGGUUCACUCCAGUGGAGAUCCUUCCGUGGGCCGUAUUGCGUGCACCUGCUCACACGCGCACCUGCGAUUUCCGGCAUCUGCACAGACACGAUUUUUGGCGUCUGUGCAUGCACAAACGCAAUUUCCGGCACCGUGGAAGAGAGUCCUCACGCUACACUGCGCUGGUUUAGCGCAGCAGGCGGGGAUUUGCUGAGUGGGUGGCUUGGUUUGGGAGCGGCUCAUGGGCCAGUUAAACGAACCCUGUGGGCCACUUGUGGCCCGUGGGCCUGAGGUUGCCUACCCCUGAAAUACAGUCUUUCACAUUUACUCCAUCACAGUACAAAGGAAAGUAUUUACAGUUGCUUGGUCCCUGAGUCAAGUCAAAUGCACCCCUUUGUCUUGUCUGGUCUUCAUCCCACUAUGAGAUGGGUAUGCAUUGUGACUGAGAUGGUAAUCUGUCUGACACUCUUGGGGCAGGAUCAGGGCCAGAUUUAGGUUUGAUGAGGCCCUCAGCUACUGAAGGUAAUGGGGCCCUUUACCGUAUUUUUCGCUCUAUAACACGCACCUGACCAUAACACGCACAUCGUUUUUAGAGGAGGAAAACAAGGGGAAAAACUUUCUGAAUGAAACAGUGGAUGUAUCAUUUUUGUGCUUCAUGCUGUGGCCACAGACAUGUGAUCUGAUGGUGAAUUUGGGGUGACCCAAUGCAAAAAUCCUGAGAAUCCCUGUGGAUCCAUGCUUUGUAACCACGUUUUUGCACCAUUGCAGCCCCAGGCAACAGUGGGUGCAUGAUUUUGGGGGGGCAGGCUGUAGCCAUGGACAUGCUAUGUGCUCUGAUGGUGAAUUUGGGCUGACCCAAUGCAAAGAUCCUGAGGAUCCAUGUGGACCCAUGCUUUUAACCACGUUUUUGCACCAUUGCAGCCCCAGGCAACAGUGGGUGCGUGAUUUUUUUGGUGCAGGCUGUAGCUAUGGACAUGCUAUGUAAUAUGAUGGUGAAUUUGGGGUGACCCAAUGCAAAGAUCCUGAGGAUCCAUGUGGAUCCAUGCUUUUUAACCACAUUUUUGCACCACUGCAGCCCCAGGCAACAGUGGGUGCGUGGUUUUGGGGGGGCAGGCUGUAGCCAUGGACAUGCUAUGUGCUCUGAUGGUGAAUUUGGGCUGACCCAAUGCAAAGAUCCUGAGGAUCCAUGUGGAUCCAUGCUUUGUAACCACAUUUUAAGUGGGGAGGGAAGGAAAAACACAGAAGGGACAAGGAGCACGAGAGGGGUGUGCAGAGAAGCAGCUGGCUAAGAAUGCAGGAGAGGGGUAUAACGGGAGGGAGGAAAGGAAGGCAAAAGUUUCCCCCCACCCACCCACCCAAGCCAGCCAACUCCCGCUCUCUCUCUCUCUCUCUCUCUCUCUCCCUCCUGCAUGUUUUCCGGCUGGAGCACGGAGAGGAGUUAGAAGGAAGGACGCUCUGCUUUCCCCUCUUCUUGCCUGGAGGGGAGAGGCUUUCCCUGCUCUUUGUUCCGUUUGAGCAAACACAGCAACGAAACAGAAGAGGGUGGGCAGUAAGACCCUGAGGCAGAAUGCAGGAAAGCAGCCGCUUCCUCUUUUCAGGUUUCCCUUCUCCGAGACGCGCAAUUUGAUUUUUGCCUCCACUCGCGCCAGUCGGCUCCAGGGACCACACAUUCGCUCAAUAACACGCACAGACAUUUCCCCUUCCUUUUUAGGAGAAAAAAUAUGCGUGUUAUAGAGAGAAAAAUACGGUAUAUGUCCAACAAAUUCUCGCUGUUUUUUGCGUUGAAUAUAUGCUACACAGUUAAGUACCUUGGGUUAAGUACUUAAUUCGUUCCGGAGGUCCAUUCUUAACCUGAAACUGUUCUUAACCUGAAACACCACUUCAGCUAAUGGGGCCUCCUGCUGCUGCUGCGCCGCCGGAGCACGAUCUCUGUUCUCAUCCUGAAGCAAAGUUCUAAACCUGAAGCACUAUUUCUGGGUUAGCAGAGUCUGUAACCUGAAGCGUAUGUAACCUGAAGCGUAUGUAACCCGAGGUACCACUGUAUGGUAAUUUAUGGAACUAAUAGGUAUCUAAAGCCAUUUGCAUAUGUUGCCACGUAAUUAGUCCAUGUAGAAUGUAGGCACCCUAUAUAUAGAAAUGAGCAAACCAGUGAUAUUUUAGGGAGCAGGCUAGCAGGCGGGGCCCAUUACUUACAUCAUAGGAGCCUACACAACACAAACCACUUUCUGUAUGUAGGUUUUAUUUUAUUUGUUUUUUAUCUUAUAUUUUGCAAAUGUACACCCAGAUUUUUCCCCUUUAUUUUUUGGGGGGCUCCGAAGAGAGUGAGGCCCUAAGCUAUAGCUUGUUUAGCUUAUACGUACAGUGGUGCCCCGCAAGACGAAUGCCUCGCAAGACGGAAAAACCGCUAGACGAAAGGGUUUUCCGUUUUGAAGUUGCUUCGCAGGACGAAUUCCCCUAUGGGCUUGCUUCGCAAGACGAAAAUACCUUGCGAGUCUUGAGAUUUUUUUUCGCUUUUCCCCCCCUUUAUCUAAUCUGCUAAGCCUUUAAUAGCCUUUAAUAGCCUUUUAGCAGCUAAUCCCCUAAGCCUUUAAGCCUUUAAUAGCCGCUAAACAGCUGAUAGCGCUAAUAGCGCUAAUCCGUCAAUGGGCUUGCUUCGCAAGACGAAAAAACCGCUAGACGAAGACUCUUGCGGAACGGAUUAAUUUCGUCUUGCGAGGCACCACUGUAUAUCCUGCUGCAGGAUAUCACCUGUUAUGACUCCUUGGUGAGCCCCUGGGACAUGACUGUACAUCUCAGGGAUUAUGGUGGGUUCACUCACCCCUCGCCUUAUACCUCACUUCCCUGGGCCCUAAAUGCCAUUGGAACUGAGAAGAUUGAUACGAGUGAUUUCUUAAGAAUUUCUAAAUUUUCCUAUUGAGCCAGUACGUAGAUAGAUUUAUCAGCUACAUUUGGUAUUGACACUUUCCCUGCUUUCCUCUGUUGGAGACCUGGGGCUCAGCUGGGACUCUGGACUCCUUCAAACUGGGCUGAGUUUACCUUGCAGAUGCAGGGCUUUUGCAGAUAUAUUGCUGUUCAUUUUCUUGCCAUUAGGGGCUGCCGUCAGGGUUCUGGAGUUUCUGAUUAGGCAGGCCCUUUGUAAAUGGAGUUUUGAACCUAAAUGAAUGAGGUUUUGGUAAUGUGCAGCAAAGACCCCUUAUCCUUGCCUCGUGGUGAGGCAAGGCUCGGGUGGUGGUGGUAGGGCAGUCUCUCAGCCUCUCUCAUCCAAUUUCCCUGUAACAUAUUACAAAUGAAAACCAAAUGCAAAAAAAUGAUUAAAAAAUCCAACAUUAUUAAUGACUCAGAAAAAGGAAGAAAGAAACAGACGUUGCACCCACAUUCCUCUCGACAAAAAGUUCUUUUCUUGUUAUGAGCCAUUUUCAUUUUGACUGAAAGCUGGUGUAGAAAUCUUUUAAAAAUGCAUUUAUUCGACAACACCAUAAAUCUGGCUGCUCUAUCAAACAAAAGCAAGUCCAAGAGAAAGCUUUAUUCUGAGGCCUAGGGGUGCAAGAGGCAACUGAGUACUCUAAUAAUGUUAUUUUUUGUUUGUAGCGUAUUCCCUUAACACCCAGACCUGGCUAUUGUCAAGAGACAAGAAUGCUGGGUGAAAUGGCGCUACUUGCCUGACCAUUUAAGGUUAUCCUGCCUUUUGGUUUCUGGCUUCCGGGGAAGCUGCUAUUGUGCCACAACAAUAAAUUUAGCUCAUUGACAACAGCAAUAAAUCUGUCCCGAAUUGUUUGACUUGCUUAAUCAGUAGCCCAGUUUCAUGAAGCUACGGUGCUGUCACACAAUGUUGUAUAUUUGAUGCAGAGUUGCCUCCCAAAUAGUCAGUAUUUCAUUAUAUCCUGUGAGGCAUUUUUACAGUCUGACGUCUAACUUGUUUUCAUUCUAUGUCACAAUAAAUCAUGGCUCCUUAGGAUUCUCUCAUCUGCCACCCUUCUCAACCCUCCCGCUACAUGGAUAUUUGCCCAACAGAGACAUACAGUACAGCUAACAUACAGUUAAAACUCUCUGUUCUCAAAAACAAAGAAAGAUUGUUUGUCACAAUAAUUUAUUUAUUUUUAAAGGAACAAGUCUUUUUAUUAUUUGUAUUUUGUCAUGCGCAAGUAACACGAAAUGUUCUCAUCUCACUUACCUACCUGGCUGGCUUUUAUUUAUUUCAUUAAUAAUAAUAAUAAUAAUAAUAAUAAUAAUAAUAAUAAUAAUAUUGUUAUUAUUUAUAUGCCGCCCAUCUGACUGGGUUGCCCUAGCCACUCUGGGUGGCUCCCACCAAAAUAUUAAAAACACAAAAAACAUCAACAUCAAUUUAUACAUUGUUUUUAAGAUAUGUCCAAGGCAUUUGGAUUUUAAAGCUAGAAGAUAAAAAUCAAAUCAAAUCCAGAAAAUAGAUUUUUAGCUGUUACAGGCAGCCCUGUAUUGGGACAUUUUUAAUGUUUGAUAUUUUAUUAUGUUUUUCUGUGUAUUGGAAGCUGCCCAGAGUGGCUGGGGCAACCCAGUCAGAUGGGUGAGGUUUAAAUAAAAAAUAUUAGAGGGAUGGGAAACCUGUGACCCUCCAACUCCCAUCAGUCCCAGCCAGCAUGGCCAGUGAUCAAAGAUGAUGGGAGUUGUAAUCCAUCAAUAUCUGAAGGACCACAUCCCUGGGUUAAAUAGUGCAAUCCUAUGCAUAUCUAUGCAGAAGCAAGAGCUACUGAAUUCAGUGGGACUUACUCCUAGUUAAGCAGGUGCAUGAUCACAGCCAAAGUCUGAAAGUCUCCCUGGAAGAAGAACUAGGACAAAGAACAUUGCUUGGCAUUAUUUGGAUCCAGUGAAAUAAUAAUAAUAAUAAUAAUAAUAUUUAUUUGUCUCCCAUCUGACUGGGUUGCCCCUGCUACUCUGGGUGACUUCCAGCAGCACAGCAAAACAUCCAAUAUUAAAAAUAUCUAUAGUUUUUAAUGAACAUCUAUAGUUAGUUUCAUUCUGGGCCUACAGAUAUGGGUUCAUUAGAAUGGACCAGUUUUUGUUCCCACAUACAACUUGGCUUGUUUGAUUAGAGAUUGGCUUUGUCCCUCAUUCCACAUUUCAACUAGGAAAUAUGUGGGAACUAGGAACCCGUUUUCUGGGUUAGUGGCACGGGAUAUGAUGGCAUAGUUGCUGUCACUUACCGGGCUGGGCUUGGCCAGCUUCCUUGAAUCAUCCUCACUGACUCCUCUAUGGUUUACAUUCAGUGCAGCACAUUCGCAGUGUGGCACAGAUGUGGCUUCCCUGAAGUUGCUCCAGUGACAUUUGAAUAACAGAUUGCUUUUAGAAUCCUAUGAGCUAUAAUUGAAUAAUAAUAAUAAUAAUAAUAAUAGGGCUCAGCACUAGGUUUUGGGAAACCCUUUGUCAUGUUAUUGGAUUGUCUUCUGCUAAAGCGGACAUGGAGAACCCCAGAGUUCUUCACAGGCCACACCCCUCCUCAUCGGCUCCGCUUCAAAUCCUUGGCCGAAAUGCAUCCUCGAACUCUGGUGACUCUCGCUUGUCUGAAUGGAUGAGAGAGGGAGCUGUGCGAGUGUGUAGACAUUUUGCAAAGGUAAAACAUUAUAUUCAUAACUUCAACCCUUUUUGCCUCUGGCCCCAUCUACCACUGUCAUGUGAUCUCCAGAAGGCCCUUGGUGGCUCAUACCCAACACAUGUAGGCAGAGGUUCUUACGUCGAAGUAAAAAAGGGAUCUUUAUUCAGAGGGUAACAGUGGACAGGUUGGGCAGUGGACUCAAGAGUCACAAUUCAGGAGCUCAGGGAUCAGGCAAGAUGUUUAGGACUGGACAGAAGCCACUAAGGUUCCUCAAUAAUUUUCACACCCUGCCCACCAAGCAUUUAAAAAAUGAGGCAUGAGGUACUUAACUGGUGAGAUUCACUUGCUUUGCGAGAAUGUUGGGAUUUCAGGGCAGGUAGAUUCAAAGGUGUAACAAGGUCAGGUGGUAUCUGGUGCGAAUUUUUUUUUUGUCACCCCCCCACAUUGCAAUUUUUGGGAACGUUGCCCAGAGUUUUUAAGGGAGGGUACCUAGCAUCCCCGGCGGGCAGAUUUUCGCGAUUGGUGCAGUCGUCAUGACACCCGGGGCGGACCGCACCCCCCUUGUGAUGCCCCUGGGUAGAUCUGCUCCCACCUAUGGAGAGCAAUGUCUAGUUCUAGGAAACAAAUUUGCCCCUCUCCUGAGACCAGGCCCCCCAACUGUCUCAAUUUGAUCAGGACGUCCCACAAUUACAGAAGCCAUCCCGGCUCCUGAUUGGAUCUCAGAAUGUCCCACUUUUGGGUCUGCCGCGAGUCAGCUGAUUGGCUGCCGCGAGAGCUCAGGACCAAAAAAGAAGCAACCCAAUUAUGACCAGCAGGAUGUUGGAGGGUAUGUGGGACUCUGUUAGAAGGUGGUGAUGGGGGUGAUGGCAUCCCUGCUCCCCGUUCUGAAGUGGCUGAAGUCGAGGCACACUGCAGAGAGCCUCCCUCCUCUCACCCCAGUUCCCACUGAUAUUUGGCAUCAAUGUGAAAGAGAUGUGCAUGUGUCCAGAUGUACAUGCCUGUUCAGAUGUAUGUGGCCCCUUUACCUUGAUGCCCAAUAUUUAGACAACAGGGGGAAAUGUAGGGGCAUGUGGUCCUGUUUCCUGCACCCAUGUUCAUGAAUUCAAACAGUCUGCAUCUGUAUUGGAAUUGUUUUGGGAUGGUUUAAUUGCUUCACUGCUUGUGUGUUUGCCACCUUGGUCUCCUUUGGGAGAAAGGGUGCGAUAUAAAAUUUAAUAGUAAGAAUAGUGAGAUACACUGCCCUCUGGAAGUUAUUUUAAGUUGCCCAUAGAAUGUGAACCAACACAGGACUUUAACCCAGCCAGUGUGGUGUAGUGGUUAAGAGUGGUGGACUCGUAAUCUGGUGAACCGGGUUCGCUUCCCUGCUCCUCCACAUGCAGCUGCUGGAUGACCUUGGGCUAGUCACACCUCUCUGAAGUCUCUCAGCCCCACUCACCUCACAGAGUGUUUGUUGUGGGGGAGGAAGGGAAAGGAGAUUGUUAGCCGCUUUGAGACUCCUUCGGGUAGUGAUAAAGCGGGAUAUCAAAUCCAAACUCCUUCUUCCUUCUCUGGUCCAAGGCCAAUAUCUUUUCUACAUACCUCCUAAGUAUUAAAAGGGUGAUAUUUACUAUUAGUCAUAACCCUCUGUACAUAAUUACAGUGCACAAUAACUAUCAUGUAUGUGACAGUUUUACAGAUGCGCAAAGGGACACACUGUGAUGAUUAUGAUCAAGUCCAAACAAGAAGCACUUCUUUUUAAUGAGGACUGGGUUCUUUCCAAGUGUUGUAAAAUGAUAUACUCACCCAUUAAAUUUAUUAGAAACAUCCAUUAAAAAAAUGGUUUUAGUCUUGAUAAUUUCUGGCAAAAGCCAGACUCUUCAGGUCAAAAAUGAAAUGGCACAUAACAUGACCCCUACAUGUACAGCUGCUGUUAGUAAUGCAAAAAUCUAUUUAUAAUGCAUUUGGGGAGGGGAAAAAUAAUAACAAUAAUAAUGUAGAUUUCUUACCUACCCUUCACUACUGCGGUCCCAGGCCGGGUUACAACAAUUAAAAUCCUUGGGGUUACAACAGGAUUCAUAGAAUCAUAGAGUUGGAAGUGACCAUGAGAGUCAUCUAGUCCAAUCUUUUUGCUCAACAUGGGGCUCAAACCCACAACCCUAAGAUUCUGAGUCUCGUGCUCUACCAGCUGAGCUAUCCCAGGAACUGAUACUUGGGAUUAACAUAGUCAAGAGUUUGGGGACGCCGGUGGGAGUUUGGAACUAAGUAUUAUAACAUCCAGCAGCUAAAGUAGAACACAUGCUUAAUAAAUAAAAGCACCGGUCUUCUUCACUUUGCUUUUCCUUAAAAAGAUUCAACUUCUUGGCUAUAUUUUAUGGAAAAGUUGAAUCUUUUUAAGGAUUAGCAGUCACUUUCUAUUUAUUUAUGAUUUACAGAACUGUAAUUUUUGUGGGGAUGUUCUUGAUUUGUGUGCAAGUUUUUGCUUGUUGUACAGAUGCCCUUUACUCAGUAACAGCCACACUCCCUCCCCAAACUGACCUCUAUAGGCUCCUGCCAGUUUAGGGCCGUUAGCUUGUUCUGCUCACUGCAAUAUAGUUGUGGGGUGGGUUGGGAACUGGGCUAGUAAUACCUAUGUUUUAACCAAACGUGAUCUCAGCAGCACCUGCCAGCCAGCAGUUUAAAAGUACUCCUUGUACAGCCUAGAAUUUUCUUCAGGAUAUCCUUAUUUUAUUAAUGUUCAACAUCAUUGGAGGUACUUAUUUCCCUGGCAGGGCAUGGGCGGGUAAUUUAUCCUUAAAACAACCCAGCAGGGUAGGCGAUGGUGACAGGCCCAAGAUCAUGCUGUGGGCUGAGUAAGAACUUGAACUGAGGUCUCCCCCCUGUCCUAGGCUGGAUCUAGACACAUCAAAGAAGCGUUUCAGUUAAAUGUGCUGUAAACUCAUACAGGGAAAUCCGGUUGGGAAAGACGGGACUCCACAGUGCCAUCUGGUGUCACGGUGUUAUAUCGCAUGUAAAAAGGUAGAGAGACCCCUGACCGUUAGGUCCAGUCGAGGCCGACUCUGGGGUUGCGGCGCUCAUCUCGCUUUAUUGGCUGAGGGAGCCGGCCUUUGUCCGCAAACAGGUUCCAGGUCAUGUGGCCAGCAGAACUAAGCUGCUUCUGGCGAACCAGAGCAGCGCACAGAAACACCGUUUACCUUCCCGCUGGAGCGGUACCUAUUUAUCUACUUGCAUUUGACGUGCUUUCGAACUGCUCGGUUGGCAGGAGCUGGGACUGAGCAACGGGAGCUCACCCCGUCGCGGGGAUUCGAACCGCCGACCUUCUGAUCGGCAAGUCAUAUCCAAUGCAUAUAAAACACUUUUUCUUUACCAAUCUAGCUGAGUCCCUAGUCCAACACUCUUAACUAUUAUGCUGCACUGCUUUGUUCUCUGGAAAGUAAAUAUACCUCUUGCUUUUUAAAUUUCAUACCUAGGUUGUGAUGGUUGAAAAGAGACAGUUUGCAGUUCAGGCCAUGAUGGCUCUGCUCUGCCUCCACGGUCAGUGGCAGUAAUGCUUCUGAAUACCAGUUGUUAGAAGCCAAAGGAGGGGGGUAGGAUCAGGUCCUACUUGCAGGUUUCCCACAGGCAUCUGGUUGGCCACUAUGAGAACACGAUGCUGGACUAGAUGGGCCAUUCAGAUGUCUGAUUUGUCCACAGUGACACAGUUACAUCCCAUGUGGAUUACUGCAACGUACUCUACGUGGAACCGCUUUUGAAAAGUGCUCAGAAACUUUCACUGGCUCAAAGAGCAGCAGCCAGAUUGUUGACCAGGGCUGGUUAGAGCGAGCUGGUUAUAACAGCUCUGCUAGCUAGUUUCCGCCAAAGUGUUGUUUAUAACCUAUAAAGCGAUGGCUUAUGUCCAAGCGAUCUGAAAACCCAUAUUCACUCAUAUGAAACUAUCUGCAUUUUGAGAUCUUCACGGGGGGCCCUUCUCUCAGACCCGCCACCAUCACAGGGGGGGACAUGGGAGAGGGCCUUCUCGGUGGCGGCUCCCACAAUUUGGAACUCCCUCCCUAGAGAAGAUAGACUGGUUCCCUCCUUGCUGUUGUUCUGCUGGCAGGCAAAGACUUUCUUAUACCAACAGGCUUUGGAGAACUGACUGGUUUUAAUGAAAGGGCUGGUGCUGUGCUAUUUUUAUUGUAAUUAUCUGUAUGUUUUUUUAGCAGAUGAGAGAGAGAGAGAGAGAGUUAAUUCUAUCAGUGUUUAAUUGUUUUUUAAUGGUUGCUUCCCGACCCCAGCAGUGUUUUUAGCUGUUCUUAUUUUUAUCUUAAUAUUCUUAUGAUUAUUCCUAUGAGGAUAGCUUACACUGCUAAACCACUCACUGGUUCUGUAUACUUAUGAAUUAAGUUCAUCUUUCUGCAAAUCCAGCUAGCUUCUAAGACGUAUCAUCGAAAAAUAACUUAGUUUAAUCAUUAAUGUGCUAUCCUGUACAUUUUUAAUUCACUUGCUGACUUUUUACAUUAUUUCCCAUAGGUGCACAUUGCAUUGAGGAAGACUUUCAUCUUCAGGAGGAACGAAAUAUCCCAGUCCCUGUAG